UUUCGAUACAAAACUGACGAUCUGCGGCAAAGUUUGUUUGCGGUUGAUUGUGGGAGGAGGGAGGACACGCCCGGCUUUUUCUAGGUCCAUUUUUGCAUUUAAGUAGAAAAAGUUAGACUAAGAUUUAGUUUGAAAGUAUUAGACUGCCAUGUCUUACAGCAAGAAAUACGCGUUCGCUUCGCUUCCUCGCACCCAGCGUGGAACGCCCCUGGUUUUGGGAGGAGACCCAAAAGGCAAUAAUUUCUUGUACACAAAUGGCAACAGUGUUUACAUCAGAGACAUCAACAACCCGGAAAUUUGUGACAUUUACACCCAGCACUCAACAACUGUGACAGUUGCAAAGUACUCCCCAAGUGGAUUUUACAUUGCAUCGGGUGAUGCAUCUGGAAAGGUGAGAAUCUGGGAUACAGUGAACCUGGAGCACAUUUUCAAGAAUGAGUUCCAGCCCAUCUCUGGUGAGAUCAGAGACAUCGCGUGGUCACCUGACUCGCAGAGGAUAGUUGUUGUCGGAAAUGGCAGGGAAAAAUAUGCCCAUGUGUUCAUGGCUGACACAGGAACUUCUGUCGGAGAGGUCCUUGGCCAGACCAAGAUCAUCAACACAGUGGACUACAGGCCUGCACGGCCAUUCAGGAUCAUCACUGGCAGUGAAGACAACUCGCUGGGCUUCUUCGAAGGACCACCAUUCAAGUUCAAGCUGACCAAAAAUGAACACACCCGCUUUGUGCAGGCUGUCCGAUUCUCCCCCAAUGGGGAGCUGUUUGCCUCUGCUGGAUUUGAUGGCAAGAUCUUCAUCUAUGAUGGCAAGACUGCUGACCUAGUUGGUGAGGUUGGUUCCCCAGCCCACAAGGGAGGAGUGUAUGCUGUAGCCUGGAGUCCUGAUGGCAAACAGCUGCUGUCCUCAUCUGGAGACAAAACAUGCAAACUCUGGGAUGUGGAGACGAGGGCUCUGGUGACUGACUUCUGCAUGGGAAGUACUGUUGAAGACCAGCAGUACUCCUGUCUGUGGCAGGGAGAGCACCUGCUGACUGUUGGCCUGCAUGGAUUCAUCACCUACCUGGAUCCCAACAACCCCAGUCAGCCCAAGAGGGUCGUCAAGGGGCACAAUAAGCCAAUCACUGCCCUCGCCAUCAGCCAGGACUCCAACCACAUCUUCACUGGAUCCCAUGAUGGCAACGUGACCCAGUGGGAUGUAGCAACUGGAUCCAGUGAACGUGUGGCAGGCAAUGGCCAUGGUAACUUCAUCAGUGGCGCAGUUACCACCAGUGAUUCACUCUACACCAUCGGAUAUGAUGACUCGCUGCGCACGGUGGACCUCCAGAAGCUGGGCUACACGGACAGCAUGUCGCUGGGCGCUCAGCCGCGCGCCAUCGCCGUCUCGGACGGCACGAUCGCGGUCGUCACCGUCAAGGAGGUGCUGCUGCUACGGGGCGGCAGCCGCGUGGCCUCGCUCGACAUCGACUAUGACCCGUCGGCGGUGGCCUACGAUGCCGCGUCCGGUGACCUGGCAGUCGGCACGCAGGACUCGAACAAGGUGAUCGUGUACGGCGUGUCGGGCAGCAACAUCACACUCAAGCAGGAGCUGCAGCAUCAGGGCGCUGUCACCGACGCCGCCUACUCGCCGGACGGAAACUUCCUGGUGGCGUGCGACGGACACCGCAAGGUGGUGCUCUACCGGCUGCCGGACUACUCGGUGGCCAACCCGCAGGAGUGGGCCUUCCACUCGGCCAAGGUCAACACCGUCGCCUGGUCGCCAGACUCCUCACUGGUGGCCUCUGGUUCGCUGGACACCAACGUCAUCGUCUGGAGCGCGCGCGACCCGCGCCAGCACCUGAUCCUAAAGCGAGCGCACGAUCAGAGCCAGGUGACGCGCGUCGCCUGGAUCGAUAACAAGACGCUCGUCUCCGUCGGGCAGGACUGCAACACGCGCCUCUGGGACGUCUCCAUGUGAGCCAGCUGUGAGCGCGCCUGCCGAGACGCAUCUUAACCCAAAGCCUAUCGGGCCGCGCCUGCCCACCCGCCCGGCCUGAGGUCGUUGAUUUUGUACUAACGCGCGCCGCCCGGUCUCCGUGCCUUGAGCGUGUGAUCUGCGUCCGUUAGUGGCGCUCUGCCUCGACGCUCGUGCCGCGCAGCCCAGCGCGGCCGCACCAUGCUGUAUCGCUAAGGAGAGUUUCCGCACGCGCGCGUCUUUGCCGCACCUCGGGUCUAUCUGAUUAUGUCCGCGCUGAGCGAGCGCUAGUUGACAGCGAAUCAAAGGUAAUCUGGCCCUUAUCCCAACAGCGUUGUGAAUUUUUAUUUAAGUUAUGCUGUGAGUCUUCCUCGAAUGUGUCGUGAUUAGUCGCUUGGCUGGUGGAUGAAUAGAGUUAUAUAAUAUACCAGUUUUAAGA